GGAAGCUCAGGUAGAGAGUGCAGUCUACCAAACUUUUGCAGGUCAGAGGUUGUUUAUUUCAGAAAAGUCGACAUCACAGACCCCCCAUUUAGAUGAAAGAGGAAGGAAGACUGUAACCGGAAAAGCUGGAUGCAAGACUAUAAAUAUUGUCAGCACGUACGUCUUUAGGUCCUAGGGAGCUUCGCAACGGGUUCUGCAUGUAUAUUAUACUGAAAGAUUUAAAGGUUUAUUUUAUUCGUGUGUUUUUUUUUGAGAGGUGACGGGGAGAAGACAAAUAAGAUAGAGAAAUGGACAAUGACAUUGAAGAACAGGACACAUUUCCGGUGGAGAGGGACGGAGAAGAUGAGAAUCAAGGAACUCAAAGGAGACGGGGACGGCGGGUGGAGAAAUUUCAAAAGAAUGUUUCUAAAUGGAUGCUGCCCGAAGAGCUACAAGAGACGUAUUUGGAGCGAGCCAACUGCUGCCCUCCUCCUAUCUUCAUCAUCCUUGUCAGCAUAGUAGAGUUGGGAGUGUUCAUCUACUAUGCAGUAUGGAAGCCCCAGAAGCAAUGGAUAACUAUAGGAGUGGGAAUCUGGGAGAGUCCUCUUACCUACAAACCUGAACUUCGUGAACAGGCGUGGAGGUUUAUAUCCUACAUGUUUGUGCACGCUGGGGUGGAACAUAUCAUGGGUAACUUGCUGAUGCAGCUACUUCUGGGCAUUCCUCUGGAGCUGGUGCAUAAGGGCUUUGAAGUGGGCAUGGUCUAUAUGGCUGGGGUACUUGCAGGGUCUCUUGCCAGCUCCAUUUUUGAUCCUCGCAGCGCCCUUGUGGGGGCCUCGGGUGGUGUGUAUGCCCUUAUGGGUGGUUACUUCAUGAACGCUGUGGUGAAUUUCAAGGAAAUGAGUCUGGUUUUCGGAAUUUUUCGCAUCCUAAUGAUUGUUCUGAUUGUUGGGACAGAUGUUGCCUUUGCUCUGUACAGAAGAUUUCUUACUGAUGACAGUGGCAUGAAGGUCUCUUUUGUGGCCCACAUUGGGGGUGGAGUAGCAGGCAUGACCAUUGGUUAUGUGUUCUUCACUAACUACAAUAAAAAACUCCUAAAAGACCCACGCUUCUGGAUGUGUAUCGUGGGAUACAUUGCCUUCCUUUUAUUUGCUGUCAUUUUUAAUAUCUUUUUGUCACCGGCAUCCUCAAUGUAAGGGUGUUUAUAUGUAAUGGUUAAAGCCAUACCAUUGUUCACAUUGGAUCAACAAGUUUUAUGACUGUAAAGCUAGAUGCUACAACACUAAACAAAGAAAGUUUGGUAUUUGACUUUAUAUAUUUAAUUCACAUAACAAUGUUAAAUUUACAUUUACAAGUCCAAAGAAUGUUUUAAUAUGAUGUUUUGUACUUUGUGUAUUCUCUUGUUUGUUUUUAUUAUGGACCAUAAAUGUUUAUCAUAUGUUAUGAAAUUACUUUAUAGUUUUAGCUAUUGUAACUUAUUUUGUUGCUUUUACCAAAAACUAUUUGUAGAUGGUAGCACUGCUCAGCAUGUGCCAGACCUUUACCUAAGAUCACCACUUUUAGUUUUAACAUAGUGUUGCAUAAGCCCUUGACCUGUCAACCAUAUGAAAUUGUGUCAUAUAAAUGUUAAUGUCAUCAAUUACAUUACAUUUGUACCUCUAGUUAUCAUUUCGUAGUUUAGAGAUUUGAUGUUAAUUGUUUUUCUCCUCUAUUGGUUAAAACUUUCUUAGGUUCUGUUUGGAUAAUAACGAUUAUUUUUUAAUAAAAUUUUAAACCGAA